GCCCCCGCCGGCACUGCGGAGCCGCAGACGUGACCCGAGCGGAGCCAGCCGCGGCCUUUCCCCGCUGCGCCAGCCUCUCGCCGCAGAAUCGCAUGUCAUCUAUCCAGAAUCUCCAAUCCUUCGACCCCUUUGCUGAUGCUACAAAGGGUGACGACUUACUCCCGGCAGGGACUGAGGAUUACAUUCAUAUAAGGAUCCAACAGCGAAACGGAAGAAAGACUCUAACCACCGUUCAGGGAAUUGCAGAUGACUAUGACAAGAAGAAACUUGUGAAAGCCUUCAAAAAGAAAUUUGCUUGUAAUGGCACUGUGAUUGAGCAUCCUGAAUACGGCGAAGUUAUCCAGCUUCAAGGUGACCAGAGGAAGAACAUUUGCCAAUUCCUCUUGGAGAUUGGCAUUGUCAAGGAAGAACAACUGAAGGUUCAUGGUUUCUAACCCACCCCUACUCCCAUGAAGAAUCCCGCAGUGUUUGGUCCUACCCAGCCUGGCUCUUCUGUGAAAAAUGUAUCUUUGCAGUGAAUGGACUUCCCUAUUUCCUCACCAUUCUGAAUUGGUUUCAGAUUUGCAUGACUGUGUGAAACAUGUGGUGUGUAGACUAGAAACACAUAAGAAAACUUCAGUAAGGUGGUAAUGAAGACACUUGUGAACUUCAGCACAUUUCCAAUGGAAAUGUUUUAGUGAUGAUUGUUCAGUUGACUGUUCUUCACCUGACUUAACUGUGUGGGUUGUAUUAAAAUAGUGUGUGUUAUUGCUUAAAAAAUAAAAGUUGAUUGAUGUAUUUUCUGGGAUAUCUGAAGUGCUUUAGCUUAAGGUUUAAACUAGUGCAGCAGCCUUACUGUAGAAUGGCUGAAGUGUUUUGUGGCAAGUACAGCUCACUGCUUACUGAAAAAAAAAUGGCAAAUCUACAUGAAGUAUUAGCUGAUGAAUCAGUAGAUUAGCUUGAUGCGAUCUUAUGCUGUAGCUGUAAGACUAGAGCUUUAAGGCUUUUAUGUAGGUGUACAUUAAUAGCAGCAUGAUAAGAUGUUCUUUGUUGAGUAACUGAAUUUUCUCUCCAAAAUUUACUGCAGUAUGUAGUAAUGGUGUUAAGCAUAGUAGAACUAACGUAAGUUGAUCUACUUAAAGCUGCUGUUACUGAGAGUAUAUUAAACAUCUAGGUCUUGAAUGCUUCUCUCGAAUCAUUUGAUUUUCAUCUCUUCUGUCAGAGUGAAGGAGAACAAUACUGAGUUGGAUUCUGCAAUGACUGAGCAUUUAACGUUGGCAGGCAGAGUACUUCUAUUAGCUGGUAGUGUUAGCUGCAAAAGUGAGGAAAGGAGCAGGCUUUUGUUCUGGUGUGAAAAGUUUUAAUAUGGAGGAUUUUGUUGUGGGGUUUGGGUGUUAAUAGAGGAAGCUGAUUUGGGCUUUACUCAGUGUUAUAAUAGAGGUGUUGGGUUUUUUUUUUUCUACCAAGCUCCUCAUCCAGUUUUAGUUAGCUGUAAGUAUUUAGUAUUUUGCGUGCAAGACACAUCUCUUAACAGAUGAAAUGACUUUGUCUGGUGAAUGUGGGGGAAAAAAAAAAUUGAUUACCAAACUAGACAGCGAGAAAAUUUGUCACAUUCUUCUUUAUUACCACCUGUGUCUGUAGUCUUCAUAUUCAGAGACUUGUCUUUCUAGACAAAUGCUCAGUUGUAACCCAUUAGAACAUUUUUAGAUUGAUGAGUCCAGGUAAGAGCCUUUAUGCCACUAACGGCAACUAGGGGAGCACUGCAGAGCAUUCCUAUGACAUCUUUGUACUAUGUGGUACAGAUAAUUGUACUUGUAAGAAUCCACUCUUUGGUCUCUUUCAAUUUCCAUGCAUUCUUCCCGGAGUUACAGGCUUUUCUGUUCCAGAAGGGUGUCCCAGAAGAGAGGAUAUUGUUAAGGUGUUACGUGCUUAGGAUGAGGAGGAAAAGCCUCCUGUAAACAUAGAAUAUCAACACAUGAAACUAAAAUCCAAAGAAUGAGAAGUAUUAUGCUAGUCUUGCACAUUAGUGAGAUAAAGUCAUUGUUCCACAAGUUUACCAAGCCCUGAUUCACAGUUGAUUAAUCCUUUGGUGUGUGUAGCACUUAAUGAUCUUUGUUUUAUCAAAUACUGGAAGAAGACAUUUUAUUUCAAAGCUUGUUCUGUCACCCAGUAGGGGAAAAAAAAACCCCAAAAAACAGUAUAGUCUUCUGUUUCACUGAUACUGCAUGAGUACUUGUAGUGGGUUUUUCAAUUGGAGAUUACCAAAUGAUUAGCAAGUCUCAUGUGUUACUGAGUCAGUCUUCAUUGCAGAUGAUGUUCCGUUAACUUUCAUUACCUAAGCUGAGUCAUUUCUCUGUAGUCAUUCUACUUGAAAUAAAUAAGAAACUUUAUUUUGUUCACUUCAUGUAAGACUGCUUUCUGAAAGGAGGAGUCUUGUGUUGAUAGGUGGCUUGAUUUUUAUGCUGUACUGGUGGAGCUGCUUGUGCUUUGACCUUUGAAGAGCAAAAACGAGAGGGAAAAAGUAAUACAUUUUAAGUUCAAAUUGAUGGGAUUUGUUGUUGCAGCAAGCAAAAAUUCAUCUUGCUAGAAAGAACACAGGAAUUUGUCCUUGAACUGUUGAAAAGUUGUGUCAGGAUGAGAUUGUGGCUAACCACCUUACGAGCACAAGCCUCUCCUUCCAGAGAAAAGGCUUCCACAAUUUCAUGUUCUAUUGUCUUGUACUGAAAGGUCUGUCAAAACUCAGCCUACUUGAAAUACAGACCUGUGUUUCAGGAAAGCUGAAGAACAUGAGGCUAGAAAAAAAGAGCUAUUUAAGUUACUGCAUGGGAAACACACUUUCACAGCGAAGCCAGUUUUCCAACUUUGUCCCAGGAUAAAUUAGAAAAUAGCACGUUGCCUGUAAUUAUUGAGGCAGGAAAAGGGAGCUAGUAAUAGAAAACACGUGUAAACCUGCAGGGACUGAGGCUUUGCAAGCUCAGACUGCAGAUAGUGGUGUUUUCUUUUGUUGGAAUAUUAUGAAGCCUCUAUACUCCAGGAUUGCCUCCUUAGAAAUAACCAAGGUUUAGUUGCUAGCUGCAGUUGGAUGCCGGAACUGCCGUUUUGUAGCCUUGCUAUGCAUAGGUAUAUUAGGCUAUUAUAGCUGGCCAAUAAGCUGAAGUAGGCUGUUGUAUGGAUAAGUUAUUGGAAUUGGCUGUUCAGAGCAUUCAUCUGUUUAAGGAGACUGUUGCUUCCCAAACUCUGGUAGCAGUCAGUAUUUAUAGAAGAUAGUGGUUUAAGUCUGUAAGCUUUCCAUUUUUCUGUGAAUUAUCAGGCACUUAAACCUGCCCGUGUGGUCUACCAAGUCUGGCCCUUUGUAUCAGAGACAAAUGUGAGGAGCACAGCUGUGGGCAGAUGAGCAGUAACUUUCCCAAGCAAAAACCUUUGAAAAGGAGUGUACAAAUUGAACCAAUGAAUAGUAUGUGCACAGUGGCAUUGCUUAAUGUCUCCUUUCCUGCAAUAUGAUCUUUGUACAGCCUAAACAAAAAGUGUUUUAUUCUGGAUAAGAAUUUGGAGGGAGAAAACAGAACACAAAACCUUAGGAAAUAAGCUUGUCUCUUUAGUCUGUCAUAGCUUAGAUUUUCCUGGAGUCGACUUCUAGCAUUGCUAUCCCUGUUUGCGUAUUUUUAAAACACAUAAUAGAAUUUCCUCGAGAGCUUAGCAUUUAAGGUUCUAAAUGCAUCUAAACUCAUCAUAGAACUUGUGAAUGGUUGUUAGGAGCUUAUCUUACACAUCUAAAAACAAAGCAGAGUUCUGCAUUUAUCCUUUCUGCCAUCCCGACUGUAAUCACUAUGCUGGUGCCUUAUAGAUGCAUAAUGUAUCCACAGACCACCAGUAAGCAGGGGUGAGGCAGUGCCCCCUGCUGUAACAUGAUGCUCUGGUUAUAGUUUGUGUAAGAUUUCAUCUCGUGUGCUGCCCUCUUACAGACUGUACUGCUCUGAUCUUACAGUAUAGGACAGGUACUUCGAGUUCCAGUCAGCAGUUCUUAAUCCUCCUGGAUGGCUCCGGGGUACUGAGUUUUCAUGUGACACCCUUGUUUAAUUUGGCUCAGCCUUAUCUUAUUAUGUGAAUAUACGUAUGAGACUAGUAUUUAUAAAGUUAAAGAAUGUGACAGGCCAUUUGAUAAUUACUUGGAUAAGUCGUAACCUGUAUUAAAGUAUUGCUAGAGAGCUGAGACAACAAUCUUCUGAAAUAAAAUGUACCGUUGUUGUUUUA